AUGCUGGGUCGCUUAAAUAUCUUAAGCAGGUCUUUUAUUUCAAAAACCCAUGACAUGACAGGUCAUCCAGACUUAAAGAAACUUGGAAUAGUUAACAGACACAUCUACCGCAACCUCAUGGUUCCUGAAUACUAUGAGAGAUGCUUACUCCCCCCCCUCCGUGAGUGAAUAAAACCAUUAGAAAAAUCCCUAUUUUUUGACCAAAAACCCACCCUCCGUGAGUGAACAGAAAUUUUUUUAAUAGAAAAAUUUUUAAUGGAAAAAAAUUUUGAUAUAUAAGUGAUAAUUAGUAUAAUGAAAUCUAGAGCUAAUUCUGUUUAAUUUUAAACAAAUUGCGUUUUAAAACAUAAAUUUUAUAAAUUAAAUUAAUAUUUACUUCCCAAUUUUUGCAAAUUAAGAUUUUUUUAAUUUCGAAAAACAUUUUUCUAUAAAAUUUAUAUAUAAAUUUUUUUUAAAAAAAAAAAAUUAACGCCCCUCCGUGAGUGUGAACAAAAUUUUUUUGUUCACUCACGGAGGGGGGGGAGUUAGAUAAAGAGCCAGCUAAUCCAUACACUAAGGUAACUACAGUCUCCAGCACAGGAGCUUUGUGCGCAUACUCAGCCUCUGCUACUGGCCGCUCACCAAAGGAAAAGAGAGUUGUCAAAGAGGAAACUACAGAAAAAGACAUUUGGUGGGGAAAGGUUAAUAUCCCUCUUUCUGAAGCAUCCUAUGACAUCAAUAAGCAAAGAGCUAUUGAUUACUUAAACAACAGGCCAUAUCUCUACGUUGUAGACGGCUACGUAGGUUGGGAUCCAAAAUACAGACUUAAAGUCCGAAUAAUUUGCACAAGAGCUUAUCAUGCUCUUUUUAUGCACAAUAUGCUAAUUCGCCCAACAGAAGAACAGCUCGCAACUGACUUCAAUCACAUAGAUUUCCACGUCCUUAACGCAGGAGAAUUCCCAGCAGACACUCACGUAGACGGCGUCACCUCACAGACAUCUGUAAACGUCAAUUUCAAAGAUCAAAAACUUGUGAUCUUAGGAAGCCAAUACGCAGGAGAAAUGAAAAAAGGCAUCUUCGGAGUCAUGCACUACGUCAUGCCAAAGAAGCAUGGAGUUGUCUCUCUUCAUGCUUCAGCUAAUGAAGGACCUAAAGGUGAUACAACUUUGCUUUUUGGACUUUCAGGGACUGGAAAAACUACCUUAAGUGCUGAUCCUCAUAGAAAAUUGAUAGGAGAUGACGAGCACUGUUGGACUGAUGAAGGUAUCUUCAACAUUGAAGGUGGCUGCUAUGCAAAAUGCAUCAACUUAAGCAGAGAAAAGGAGCCAGAAAUUUAUGAUGCUGUAAGGUUUGGGUCAGUACUUGAAAAUGUAUGCUUCAAACCAGGUACAAGAGAAGUUGACUUUAGCAAUAUUUCACUUACAGAAAAUACAAGACUUUCAUACCCACUUGAGUAUAUUCCAAACGUCAAAAUCCCAGCUGUAGGAGGACAUCCUAAGAAUGUUAUUUUCCUUACUUGUGAUGCCUCUGGAGUUCUUCCACCUGUUUUCUUAAAAUUUUUAUGUAAUUUCAUAUUUAUUUUUAAUAAUUUUUUUUUACAAAAAAUAAAUACCUGUUUCUAAACUCACUCCUGAACAAUCCAUGUAUCACUUUAUCAGUGGGUACACUGCAAAAGUAGCAGGAACUGAAGUAGGAAUUAAAGACCCUGAAUCUACCUUCUCUGCUUGCUUUGGUGAAGCCUUUUUGCCUCUGCAUCCUUCUGUAUACGCAGAAAUGCUUGCAGCUAAGUUGAGAAAGCACGGAGCCACCACUUGGCUUCUUAACACUGGAUGGUCUGGUGGAAAAUUCGGCGUUGGUAAAAGAAUGGACCUUAAGGUUACAAGAAAGAUUCUUGAUGCCAUCCAUGCUGGAGAACUCGACAACGUCCCUACUAAAGACCUUCCAAUCUUCGGACUUCAUGUCCCUACAUCUUGUCCUGGAGUUGACCCUCAAAUUCUGAUGCCAAAGAAUACUUGGGCAAACAAGGAAGAAUAUGACAGGACUUUGACCAAACUCGCUCAUGAAUUCAUUGAUAACUUCAAGAAAUACGAGUCUGGAGCUUCUAAAGAAACUAAGGCUGCAGGACCAAAGCUAUAA